AUGAAUCCUGUUUACGACAACUGCUCCUUCACAUACUCCAACAAUACACAAAGAUAUACCGAUCCCAACGCACGCUACUACCUAGACGAGCAAGACGUCAGCGCAGACGACACGUAUGCCUGCAACGCCACGAUUUCCGUCCCCAUCAACGGAAAGCAGUACGACGCAUCCGAUCUCGACGGAUCCUACGGCUACUGCUACAACGGCGUAGGAUACAACUACACCUCCAUGAGCGACAAGAGCCGAUGCCUGCCCGACACGGCGAACCCGAGCUACCAAUGGGGCUUCGCGACGCUCAUGUCUGGCCUGUUUAUCCUCGUCACGGCCAUCUGGACGCUGAGCAUGUAUGUGCUCUGGCAGGAUGCGCAGUUUAAUUGCAAGCUUGUCAAGGAGGGGUACCGACUUACGCCUUUGCGGGCGGCGUUUGCGAUGGCGGUGGCGGCGAGGCGGCGCACGGGGCUGGGUGGGAAGGAGCUUGUGAGGGCGAAGAAUGCGGGGUUGGAGAGGGAGUUGUAUGGGAAGAAGGGGACGCGGGGGACGCACAUUGAGGGUCAUUUAUUUGUGGAGAAUGUCGAGGAUGAAGGGAAGGAGGAAGAAGAGAGGAAUAGGAGGAAGGAGUGGAUGACGCAGACGCCGGUGUCGACGCCGUUAUCGCCGCUCACGCCGGCUUAUACUUCGUCGGGUAAGGAGAAACAGUGGCCGUUGUCUCCUUCUUCGACAACUGUGGGAGACCACGAGAUUAGGCCGUUGGUACGGUCGGAUACGGAUAUCUCGUUUCAUGUUCUGGAUGAUGAGGAGUUGAGGAAGAGAUAUUUGAGGGGGGUGGAGGAGGCUAGGUUGAGUCGGAAACCGCUGAGUAGGGAGUCCACGUGGGUUGAGGAGAGCAUGUGGGAAGGCAGCCCUAGGUUACCGCUGUACGAUGAAAGGGGCCCAGAUGGUGGCUCGGAUGGUGCGGGCGGUGUGGCGCGGGAUGAUGAGAAAUCUGAGGAGAUAGAUGGACGUGAUGAGCGGCACGAGAAAAAAGAUAACAAGGAAAGGGCCAGGUUAAAGAAGAGUAGACGGCCUUUUUAA